CAACUGAAACAUCCCAAUCUGGUGAACCUGCUGGAAGUGUUCAGGAGGAAGCGGAGGCUGCAUCUGGUCUUCGAAUACUGCGACCACACAGUUCUCCAUGAGCUGGACAAGCACCCCCAGGGGGUGCCGGAACAUCUAGUGAAGAGCAUAAUCUGGCAGACCCUCCAAGCUGUGAACUUCUGCCAUAAACACAAUUGCAUCCACCGAGAUGUAAAGCCAGAAAACAUCUUGAUAACAAAGCACUCAGUCAUCAAACUUUGUGACUUUGGAUUUGCUCGCAUACUGACUGGUCCGAGUGAUUAUUACACAGACUAUGUGGCUACCAGGUGGUACCGCUCUCCGGAGUUACUUGUGGGAGACACCCAGUACGGGCCUCCCGUGGACGUGUGGGCAAUAGGCUGUGUCUUCGCUGAGCUGCUGUCUGGGGUACCCCUGUGGCCUGGCAAGUCUGACGCUGACCAGCUGUACCUCAUCCGGAGAACCCUGGGGGAUCUUAUUCCCAGGCACCAGCAAGUGUUCAGCACCAACCAGUUCUUCAGUGGGAUAAGAAUUCCGGACCCGGAAAGCAUGGAGCCGUUAGAAAUGAAAUUCCCUCAUAUUUCAUAUUCUGCUCUAGCUCUCAUGAAGGGUUGUCUUCGUAUGGACCCUGCAGAGAGGCAGACAUGCGAGCAGCUGCUGCAGCACCCCUACUUUGACAGCAUUAGGGAAGCAGCGGAUCUGGGCAAAGGAAAAAUGGCUCGGAAGCCAGCCAAGCUGACUCGAAAGCACGUGCCAGGGUUACAGUACCUGCCUCAGUUAACCAGUAGUAACGUACUACCAGCUUUGGACACCAAGAAGUACUGCUGCAAAAUGAGGAAAUCAAACUACCAUUUUCCUAACAUCUAA